AUGACUGUUAUGUACUGCCAACUUGAACGAUUUUCUGUAUUCCGCUCUUCAACAUUUUCACUACUUUUCUCGGGUAUCACAAGGAAUGCAACAAAUGCUUCGAAUACUGUCAAAAUUGUGAAGGAAAAUUUGAAUGUUGGUACCAUAGGUCACGUAGAUCACGGAAAGACCACGUUAACUGCCGCUAUCACCAAAAUUCUGUCCACCAGAGGAAAAACAAGAUUUGUCAAAUUCGAGGAAAUUGAUAAGGCAAAAGAAGAACAAAGACGGGGCAUAACGAUAAAUAUCGCACAUAUUGGUUAUGAAAGUGAUAUACGGCGGUAUGCUCAUAUUGAUUGUCCCGGGCACAGUGAUUUUAUCAAAAAUAUGAUUUGUGGUGCUACACAGAUGGAUGUCGCUAUUUUAGUGAUUGCUGCAACGGAUGGUGUUAUGACACAAACAAAGGAGCAUCUCUUAUUAGCUAAACAAGUUGGUGUUUCUAGCAUAAUUGUAUUUAUAAAUAAGGUGGAUUUGGUCGACAGUGACGUCGUUACACUAGUAGAGAUUGAGUCACGAGAAUUACUAGAGCAUCACGGUUACACAGAUGAAUCAGUUGUUGUGUUGAAGGGAUCAGCAUUGCAAGCUUUAGAAGGAAGUGAUGGAGAAUGCAUUGAAAAGUUAAUUUCGGCUUUGGAUAACAUUCCUCUCCCGAUGAGGCUGCAAGAUGGGCCAUUUCUGAUGCCUAUUUCAUCGCGAGUAUCAAUUACUGGGAGGGGAACUGUUGUUGUUGGAACGGUUGAACAAGGAAAAGUCAGGAAAGGUGAUAAAGUGGAAAUCAAGGGAGAAGAUCAAUGCCUUCAUUCCGUUGUUUCAGAUAUACAAGUUUUUAAAAAAAGUGUUCUUGAAGUUUUUGCUGGAGAUCACUGUGGUAUUUUAUGCCGUGGUGUCAAAGCGAAUAUAGUGAACAGAGGUAUGUGGCUUGGAGCCGUGGAUGCGGUUACUACAUCAAACUUCUUUAAGAUUGAGUUGUAUUUGUUAUCUGAAAAGGAAGGUGGAAGACGUUUGGCGGUGCAUUCUGGUUAUACUGAAAAGAUAUUCUGUAGUACAUGGGAUCAGGCUGGACGUCUACAUCUGGAAUCUGAUAUACUAAUGCCUGGGGAACAUUGCACGGCUUACUUGGUUCUGCUCAAAAGAAUGCCUGUGAAGCAAUCACUGCCUUUUACAAUCCGAGAAAGCAGCAAAAAAACGAUUGCUCGUGGUAUAAUUCGGGAAGUUUUCCCUCCAAUUAAUUUGGAUUCCUUUAAGGAUAUCAAGGACAAAGGGUUUGAAAAUUUUAUCAGACAGUAG